AUUUAUUUAAACCAAAUUCAAUAGAUAUUAUUUUUGUUGACAUUUUAUUUGUUUCACUUUGUAAAUAUUAAUAAUUCCCAUAUAAUCAAAUAGAUUAUAGAUGAUAAACAAGAUAUGCCCAAAAUAUUAGACAAAUUAUGGCAUAAUAUGAGUAAAGCUUUAUUUAUGAAUGGUAAUGGUCAACAAAGCCAUCAACGUACAAGAUCGUUUCAAUUGUCGGACAAAAUAAUAUUAUUUAAAGAAAAUUUUGAAAUACUUGAUAUUGAUGAACUUUUUGAGUUUAAAAAGUCGCGAGAACUACUAAAACAAGAUAACAAUGUAGCACUGUAUUCCAAUAUUGUUAAAUUGGAUAAAAAAGAGACUGAUAAUGAGAAGCGAACCAAUUCUAUCUACUAUGAGAUUGUCUAUUGCCGGGAGAAGUUAUACUCAUUUCUUGUCUAUCAUACAACGUCCAAAGUAAUUGGCGAACAAUAUUAUGAAUAUUUUCGUCAAUCAUUGAACAAGUUAAGUAAAUCCAUUUCGUUGAUGAAACCUACAGCAUUGGAGCAGCUAAAAUCAAUUAUGGAAUCAUUGAAAAUCAAUCCUCGCUGGUCGAGCACUCAUAUAGCCGCUCGUCUUGGGCUGGAAGCACAUUUCAAAGAAUCACGUGAUAUAGUAUCUACUGAAAUCAAUCUACAAAUGAAUGACGAUCGAAUGACACCAUUACAUUUGGCUAUCAAUCAUCGAUGGCCACAAAUUGUACAGGAUAUUCUUGACCUGUUACCGGAUCUUAAUUUGAGAGAUAGCAAACAAUACUCUUUCCUACAUUGUGCCGCAUUAUCAACACAUGAAAUUUUCACCAAAAUUCUCUACAAACCUAAUAUGUUUGGCCGUAUUUUGUGGAAAAAUCAUCAAGGAUCGACGGCCUUGCAUUUAGCUUGUUUUGCUCAAAACUAUAAUGUGGUAUUUGAAUUUUUAAAAUUCGGUCUAACUGUCCGUAUGCUGACAUUACCGCCACCAAAACAAAGAAUACAACGAUCGAUUGAAGAUUUCCAUCAUUCAUCUGCUUUAAGAAAUAAAUCUAAGAAAGACACAAGCAAAAAGAAGAAAUCGCAAUCACCACAGGUCUCACAUAUUGUGCAAUUCACUGAGCAAGAUUUAAUGGAUAUUGAUAUGCAGGAUAUUGUAAUGGCUGGAAGUCCAUUACAUUGGGCAAAACAUCGAAGAUUGGUGGAAAAAUUGAUUGCUUAUAAAUUCAAACUAAAUACACCUAAUAUGAAUGAAGACACUCCAUUGCACGUGAUGGUUAAACGUAACCGACUUCGAUGUGUCAUCACAUUACUUUGCUCUGGUGCUCGUGUAAAUGUACAAAAUAAAUUUGGCAACACACCCUUACAUCAUGCUGUCAAAAUCGAUGAGAUAACAUUGACUCAGACAUUGGUCGUUUUCGAUGCCGAUAUUGAUAUCCUAAACAAGGCAAAGGAAUCUGCAAGACAUCUAGCAGCCAAAGAAUCACCAUUUUCAGCGCAAAUAUUGUUUGUUUUAUCUUCGUUGGGCGCAAAGAGAUGUUCGAAUGAGCAGAAAAAUUGCAAUGCUGGUUGUCGUGAAGGUGGUGAUUUUGAUGGAAAAUGGAGUCCGGCACUAAUCGAAGUAACCAAACAGUAUGAAAGUCUAUUUCAAAACAUAAAAAAUGAAAAACAUUUCAAUGAAGAAAUGGUGAAAAAGGCAACAAAAGAACAGUCAUCAGAUCAAAAUGUCAAUCUUUUAGCGUUAGACGGUGGUGGAAUAAAAGGAUUGAUUACAGUUCAACUGAUGAUUGAAUUGCAAAAAUAUUUGAAGCGACCGUUAAUUGAUUAUUUUCAAUGGAUUGCUGGAACAAGUACUGGAUCUUUUAUUGUCGUAUUUCUGGUUACUGGGACACCAUUGUCACAGAUUCGUAAUAUUUACAUGCAAUUUAAAGACAAAGUAUUUAUCGGUGAGCGGCCUUACGAUGCUGAACCAUUAGAAAAAUUGAUCAAAGAAAUUAUUGGUUCAGAACUUCGAAUGGAGGACCUUCGAACUAGUUUUCAUAAAAUGGUUAUGAUACCGGCAGGAUUAAUUGACCGGAAACCAAUGAAAUUACAUUUGUUUAGAAGUUAUGAAUCCCACUAUGAGCUUUUAAAGAUACCAGAUUUCGAUAGAGGUUUUAGUCGACAACCAAGUCGUGAUCAAUUGGUAUGGCAAGCUUGUCGAGCAUCAGGAUCGGCACCAACCUAUUUCAAAACAUUUGGACCAUUUAUUGAUGGCGGACUGAUUGCCUGUAAUCCUACAUUAGAUGCUAUGACUGAAAUUGAAUUUCGUAAUAUAGCUUUGAGAGAAGUGGGCCGAGAAUCGGAAUGCCAAAAUCUUCGCUUUGUAUUGUCAUUGGGCACUGGUCAACAACAAACCGAAGAAUCUAAAGCGAUCGAUAUCGGUGCUUAUUCCUUACGGCUAACCGAGAUAAACAAUCAAAUUAAAUACAUUUAUCAAAUGGCUUCGUUACUUUUAAAUGAAAUCUGCAACACGGAUAACCAUAUUGUUAAUAGAGCUGAAGCAUUUUGUUCGGCCACAAAUAUUCUCUAUUUUCGUAUCAAUCCAAUGUUCGAUAAAUUGAUCGAAUUAGAUGAAACAUUAGAUUUCAAGAUUGUCAAUGCACUUUGGGAAACAAAACGUUUCAUGUAUUUGAAACGGGAUGAACUUUGUCGUAUCGCAAAUUAUUUAAAUAAAUUCACAUGUUUUAAUGAAUCAUCAUCGUUUUCAUUGUCGCCUCCAUCAACAACGGAACAAACAAUCAAAAUAACAACC